UUGUCUUUCCAAGAAACCAAGAGCAACCAGAUUCCCAGCGUCAUGGCUUGCUGUGUUCCCUGCUGCUGCAGUGUCCCCACCGGCCCCGCCACCACCAUCUGCUCCUCUGAAAAAUGCUGCCGGUGCGGAGUCUGCCUGCCCAGCACCUGCCCACACACAACUUGGUUACUGGAGCCAACCUGCUGUGACAACUGCCCCCCACCCUGCCACAUUCCUCAGCCCUGUGUGCCCACCUGCUUCCUGCUCAACUCCAGCCACCCCACCCCAGGCCUGGAGACCAUCAACCUCACAACCUUCACUCAGGGCUCUUGUGAGCCCUGCAUCCCAAGCUGCUGCUAA